UUUAAGUCCACUAUCUUCUCGUUCAGAAUCUCUCAGCCACAUUAACACCGCAAUCUACUCUAUUUCUUCCUCUAUAAAUACCUCGAUUCCAGCCAAACAACCAUAACCAACCCAUCUUCCACAUUCUUUCUCUCUCAUCUUCCAUCCGCCAUUGUUGAAAUGAAAGAACAAGAACAAGAGUUCAUCACCUCUUUCUUCUUCUUCUUCUACUUAUCACUUUUACUAUUCUCUUCUUUUGUAGAUCCAGCAACAGCGGGUGGGCCGUCCGGAGAGAACCCGUUUUCGCCGAGAGCAUUUGCGAUCCGAUACUGGAAUAACAAGAUCUAUAAAGUCCCUCGCCCUGAAUUUCUUCUCAGAAAAGUUUCUCCACUUACUGCAUCUGACUCAGUCCGAUUUACUCAACUCGCUUCUCAAAACUCACUCCCAACUCACCUUGACUCGUUCUGUAAACUCGCGAAUCUUUUUUGUUUUCCCGACCCAACAAAUUCUCUCUCCUCUAAACACUCCCCUGAUGGUAAAUUCUCUAUUUACUCCGACCAAAACUUCACUAACUAUGCUAGUGGAGCAGCCGGUGGAUUCAACUCGUUCAAAAACUACUCAGACAAUGAAAAUGAACCGCUUGACUCGUUUAGAAGAUACAGCCGUGACUCAGCGGGUCACAAUGACGAGUUCAAAAGCUAUGCAAAUGGAGGUAAUGUGAUUUCUCAAAGCUUCAAUACUUACUCUUCCGGAGCAACUGGUGGGUCAAGUAAAUUCUCCACUUACGCCGAUGAAGUAAAUGUCCCGGGUCUUCAAUUCACCUCUUACUCGGACGAUUCGAAUGGGCGAGUCAGCUCGUUUAACUCGUACUCCAAAGACGCGAACGCAGGUGACCAGGGAUUCGGGAAUUACGGUAAAAACGGUAAUGCAGCUACCAACAGUUUUGGGAGUUACGGUCAGGACUCGAAUGUUGUCGGGUCGACCUUUUCCGGGUAUUCGGAAACGGGUAAUUUUGGAACUGAUAACUUUACCUCAUACGGGUUUAACGGUAAUGUGCCGGAAAAUAAGUUUAACAGUUAUGCGGACGGUGGUAACGCCGGAGUUGAGAGUUUUUCAAAUUACAGAGAUCAAUCGAAUGUUGGUGAUGAUAAUUUCAAAUCUUAUGGUAAACAUUCAAAUAAUGAAAAGAUUAAGUUUGGUAAUUAUGCUGAAAGUUUCAACACAGGAUCAGACAACUUUACCGGGUAUGGUAAUGGAGCUCAAGGACAGAAAAUCGGGUUUACCACUUAUGGGGAAGGAAGUAAUUUUAAAGAGUAUGCCAAGAAAGGUGUGAAGUUUUCAGAUUACAGGAAUACUAGUGUUAGUUUGGUAAAUUCUGAGUUGAAGAAGGGUAAAAUUGUAAAUAAAUGGGUUGAGCCCGGAAAGUUUUUUAGAGAAGAAAUGUUGAAGGAAGGAAUUGUCAUGCCAAUGCCGGAUAUAAAGGAUAAAAUGCCAAAAAGAUCGUUUUUGCCGAGGUCGAUACUAACGAAAAUACCCUUCUCUUCGUCGAAAAUUACCCAAUUGAAGGAAAUUUUUCAUGCUUCGGAGAAUUCCACUAUGGAAGGGAUGUUAAACGCCGCGUUGCGCGAGUGUGAGCGUGCGCCGAGUCAGGGCGAGACUAAAAAAUGUGUUGGAUCGGUCGAAGAUAUGAUUGAUUUUGCGGUUUCGGUUUUAGGACAAUCAGUAGAGGCUAGAACAACCGAAAAUGUAAGUGGGUCGAAAUCGGAUAUUUUAAUUGGAAAAGUUAGAGGGAUAAAUGGUGGGAAGGUUACUAAAUCGGUUUCUUGUCAUCAAAGUUUGUACCCGUAUUUGUUGUACUAUUGUCAUUCGGUACCUAAAGUUCGGGUUUACCAGGCGGAUUUGUUAGAUACCAAGACUAAAGCUAUUAUUAAUCAUGGUGUAGCAAUAUGCCACUUGGAUACUUCGGCUUGGAGUCCAACCCAUGGAGCAUUCCUGUCACUCGGGUCAAGUCCGGGUAAGAUUGAAGUUUGCCAUUGGAUUUUUGAAAAUGAUUUGACUUGGACUAUUGCUGAUUAAAAAAAAUACUUCUAUAUGUUCUCUAAAUUUGAGGCAAGCAUUCCCCUUGAAAUAUGGUCCUCAACUUGUUAACCAUUUUUUUUAGGAAAUGCCUUAUAAAAUUAAAGAUCAUAUAUAAUUGGUAGCUUUAUAAUAAAUUUAUUUUUAUAUUUUCUUAAUUUAUUAAAAUAGUUUGGUGGUUUUGCAAAGGCUAAGCCACAAACAAUGGAAGCAAAUCAAAUUGUAUUUUAUUGUUUCUAAAUGUUGCUUACUUAA